AGCACUCGCGGCCCGGGAGCCUUGAGCCCAGCCAGCCUGCGCCGAGAGCGGACCGGAUAGGCAGCAGCCGGAGGCGGGCGGGAAGGAACCUAGCGCGCCACGCCGCCGCCGCCGCCAGCCGCGGCUCCUCGUAGCCUCGCCGCCUCAGUGUGCAGGAGGCGACCCCGGCGAGGGGGCCCCGGGCGGCGCCCGUCCCACCCUUGCUGCCAGGGGCGCGCUGACGCGCGGCGACAGGCUCCGUGGGAACCCCGGCCCGCGCCCGCCGCCGCCUCAUGCAGCCCGGACCCCUGCGCCAGUGAAGCCGGGGCUCCGCGGAGCCCGCCCUAGGGGCGGCAGGACAAGCCAGCCAGUCACGCCACCCGGCGCCCGGGCCAUGGCGGGAGAUGCCCGGUGAGGACCGGGGCGCCGAGGGCUGGGCUCCCCGGCGCGGUGCGGAGCGAGGCAGCGGCCUGGAUGUGUGAAGAAUCCCCAUGGCUUUGCAGGCGGCGAAGCCCCGGAGCCCGAGCGACGCUGGGCCGGCGGCGCCGGCACGCCGGGGCCGGUCCCGUGCGCGUGGUGGGCUCGGCGGGGCCGGCGCAGGAGCCGCGCGCUGCCCGGCAGUGAGGGGCCCCGGACCCACGCGGGGCCCCGGAGCCGAUGCGUCCCAGGAUGCGCCGGCGCCGCCGCCGCUGUUGCGGCUGCUGCUGGGACUCCUGCUGCUGGCGGCCCUUGCCGAGCACAGCCGGGCGGAUCCAGGAGCAGAUAAUCUACGGAUAAAGGUCACCCCCACCCCAGAGUCAUUUCCACACGGAAAAUGGUUACCGAUUUCACCCACAUGGCCUUUCUCAGAAGCCGAGUCUUCUCCAGCAGUGGACAGAAUGAAGAAUGUGCAGGGCCCGUCCCCUCACAACACGAGCCUGCUGCAGCCGGCCUGGACACCUGCGCCCAGGCCGCCCCGCAGAACCAGGGCUCACGUGGACUUCUCCUCUUCCCUUUACCAAGGAAGUGGACAUAGCGCCUCCCUUGAACCUUCAAAGGAUUCCACUGAGUCUCUGGUGCAACCGAGGCCUCGAGGGGGAAGAGAAGCAGCCGACGUGUCAGGUUUGCCUCGCACCAGCAUGCCCCCCACAUUGUCCAGGGUCCUGCUGGUGGCCUCGAGCACCAGCCUCCCGACCCGGCCAGCAUGGGCGGGGACUCCCUCCCUUUCUGCUCAUCCCCUGAGGGCAGACGUUCACUCACCUCCCCCUCCCCCUCCCCCUUCAUCAUCCCCAUUGGACCCUGACCCACCUCCUCCCAUCUCCUUUUCUAAGCAACCUGUAGAGCAGUCCACCCAAAUGCCGCCGUUCCCCCGAACAGCUCCUGCCGACUCCCCUGUAAGUCAGAGCGUAGCUAAUCCCCUAAACCUGUUUUCUGAUGAGGUGAACCAGAAUCCAUCCCCAAAGACCCAGGAUUUCAAAGGCAUCCCUCAUGUAGGCUCUUCUGGAUUUUCAACAAAAGAGUAUUCGGAGCUGUCCCCAGCAGAGGGGCCCCCCUCUGCAGGCUCUCCCACACCCCUGGCACCUGAAAGUCCUCCUCGGCUUUCACGUGGAACUCCCUCCAGGUCUGUGUGGGAAGUGGCUCCAAGUCCUGCGUCCACCCAGCCCAUCAGUGCCAAGGUGGCCGAGGUGGCCGAGAGAGGGCACCACGGGGUGCCUUUGCCAACACUCAAGAACACAGCAGCAGCAACCCGUGAGGCUGAGCCUUCAUUUUUCCAGACUGCAGAAGCAGUGGCCGUCGACAUGACUGGCAGCAGAGAGCUGGCCCCUGCAAGUGCAGAGGAGGGCUCUGCUAACCUGCCAAGGCUGUCGGCAACUCCAGAGAGAUCUCUCACGUCUUCCUCUCCAGUGUCUUCUGUGCCUUUCACCCCACCGGGGCAAGGGCGAGCUGCCCUUUCUGGGGCAGUUUCGGCAUCGAGUGGGACCGAGCAUCGUGCCCCUCCACCUCCUGUGCCUGAGAUGCCCACCCCUCAAGAGGACAAGGACGGGUCCCCUCCUGCCGUGGCCACAGACAUCCUCCGCUCCAGCCGGCUUCCUAAUCGGCUCUCCGGGACUUGGGCUGUUCCCCUGCAGAAGCAGCACAGCACGGCAGGCCUGUUCAGGGAGAGCGAACAGACAAGUGUGACGCUUCCUUUCCAGGCCCUUCCAAGUACAGAGGUUCCGAGUCUCCUCGCCAUAACUGGAUUCACCUCCGACUUCAACCCUGAUCGGAUUUCGUCUCCCGUCCUGACCACACCAAGAGCAAGCCUCUUUCCUUCAGCAUCACCUCCAGCUUCCACACACUCCACGCACACCUCCCAGCCAGAGGCCUCGUUGCCUGGCUUUCCCCAUGCCCGGCCGGAGACUUAUGCACCUGCUGUGGCCCAUUCUGAGUUGCCAGCUUCAGCUCCCAAGCAGGUGACAGCAUUUUCCUCCUCCACCGACACCUAUGGUUUUUCAACAAUGGGAGACCCGGAAAAGCCAGCAGUCACAGAUGUCUUAUGGAGUUCUCUUUCAGCAGGAACCGGAUCCCCUUCCAAAGAACCAGAGUUGCCUGGCUUGCACCAGCAAACAAAUUAUGAUUUAAGUGGACACACAAUUAACUCUCCAAGUUGGGAAAGUCAUCCUGUUUCAACUAAUUCUCCCAGCGGUUCCACCAUAGCUAUCACUGCAAGAAGAUUUCAGCAUUUCAAAGAUAUUGCUGGGCGUUGGGUGACCACAGAAGGCCCUACCAUUCUGGACCUAGUCUUUGGUUCUAGUCUCAACCAGCUCAAGUCAGAUGUGACCAUGGUUGGAAGCAAUACAGAUAUCUGGCCCAUAAACAGUAACAGCCAUUCUAGAAACUUCCAAGUAGCUGAGGUUGAGUAUUACCCAGUCUCAUGGCAACAAUCCGGGUCUCAUUCCCGUCUACAGCUGCCUGCCCAGCCAACACAUUCCUUUUUUCAGCCCUCUCCAAGUCUGACUUCAACAGCCACCUUGCAGGAAAUAUUUUCAGAUGGGACAGAUACAGGUUCCCAGAUUCCCAUCUCUCCGUCACCUGUGAUAAAUGCUUCCACAUCAUCAUUCCAGAGUGUCCUGAGAUAUCACUCAGCAGCUGACUCUCCUCCUCUGUCGACCAGUGCCUUUUCCAGGACCCCCUUCAAAGUGCCACGGGCUUCUCAGCACCCCAAGAAAUGGACAGUGGACUUCUCAGUAUCAUCCAACGUAGAAACAACAACAGCAGCAACCACAUUGUUUCUGAGAAAAUCAAGUACACAGGCCAUGUCUGCAGCCCUGGUUGCUAGGGGCACCAGCAGCAGUGGAUUAGCCAAGAGUAGUUUGACCACUGUGCCAGCUAAAAAUAUCACAAACAAGGCAGCAUCUGGCCCAAAGGUGGUGCCAGGGGCAGUCCAUACAGCCUUCCCGUUCACACCAACCUACAUGAUGUCAAGAACAGCACACACUGUGAGCACACAGCCAGCCAUGCAAGGGAACCCUGGCACUGCCUCUGGCCUGCUGUCCACAACACACCUUCCCAGGAAAUCACAAGCCAUGCAUACCGGCCUCCCAAACCCUGCCAACCCAGAGGUGCCCAGAGUGUCCACCCCACGGCCCCUGACGGUCACGGCAGCACUGGCAUCUGGUACAGCACCAGUAAAGGCUACUCGGUGGCCACCUUCGCCAUCAGAAAACACUGAUGCUGCUCUUCCUGCGGUGUCGACUGCGGUGGUCACCAUCGGCAAGAUGGCAUCCAAUCUGGAGUGCCAAAUGUCCAGGAAGCUCCUGGUGAAGACAGUUCUCUUUGUGAUGCCGAGGAGAGCACAGACCAGCGAGUCCUUGAAGCUCACCGUGGCCAAGGGGCUCACGCAGGCCUUGCGGAAGGCUUUCCGCCAGAGUGACGUGGUCGCCCAUGUGGACAUUCUGGAACAUUCUCAUAAUGUCACAGUUGGCUAUUAUGCUACCAAAGGGAGAUUAGUGUACUUGCCUGCGGUAGUGAUGGACAUGCUGGGCGUUUACGGAGUCAGCAAUGUCACUGCAGACCUGAAGCAACACACCCAAAACUUGCAGUCCGUGGCGGUCCUUGCCUCCCCAUGGGUUCCCCAGCCCGCGGGCUACUUCCAGCUGAAAACAGUGCUGCAGUUCGUGAGCCCAUCAGACAACAUACAGUCCUGCAAGUUUGCUCAGACUAUGGAGCAGAGACUGCAGAAGGCCUUCCAGGAUGCCGAGAGGAAAGUCCUGAAUACUAAAAGCAACUUGACUGUGCAGGUCGUGAGCACAUCCAACGCCUCGCAGGCAGUCACCUUGCUGUACGUCGUGGGCAAUCAGAGCACCUUCCUCAAUGGCACCGUGGCCAGCAGCCUCCUUAGCCAGCUCUCAGCUGAGCUGGUGGGAUUCUACCUCACCUACCCGCCACUCACCAUCGCCGAGCCACUGGAAUAUCCCAACCUUGAUAUAUCAGAAACUACCAGAGACUACUGGGUAAUUACAGUGCUGCAGGGCGUGGACAAUUCGCUGGUGGGCCUGCACAACCAGAGCUUCGCCCGGGUCAUGGAGCAGCGCCUGGCCCAGCUGUUCAUGAUGUCCCAGCAACAAGGCCGGCGGUUUAAACGGGCCACCACCCUGGGAAGCUACACUGUGCAGAUGGUCAAGAUGCAGCGUGUGCCAGGACCGAAGGACCCCGCGGAGCUGACCUACUACACACUGUACAACGGGAAGCCUCUGCUGGGGACUGCAGCAGCCAAGAUCCUCAGCACCAUUGACUCCCAAAGGAUGGCCUUGACCCUGCAUCACGUCGUCCUCCUGCAAGCUGACCCCGUGGUGAAGAACCCGCCCAACAACCUGUGGAUCAUCGCUGCGGUGCUGGCGCCCAUCGCCGUGGUCACAGUCAUCAUCAUCAUCAUCACCGCUGUGCUCUGCAGGAAGAACAAGAACGACUUCAAGGCAGACACCAUGAUAAACCUGCCGCAGAGAGCCAAGCCGGUGCAAGGCUUUGAUUAUGCCAAGCAGCACCUGGGCCAGCAAGGGGCAGAUGAAGAGGUCAUCCCCGUGACGCAGGAAACGGUGGUCCUCCCGCUGCCCACGAGAGAUGCUCCUCAGGAAAGAGACAUCGCUCAGGACGGGAGCACCAUCAAGACAGCCAAGUCCACAGAAACCAGAAAAAGCAGGUCGCCCAGUGAGAACGGCUCUGUCAUCAGCAACGAAUCAGGAAAGCCCAGCUCAGGGAGACGCUCACCCCAGAAUGUAAUGGCCCAGCAGAAAGUGACAAAGGAGGAGGCCAGGAAGAGAAAUGUGCCAGGUAGCGAGGAAGAGGAGGCCACGGGUCUUUUUGACAGCUCUGGCAAGGCGGCUGUGGAUCCCUUCGACACAUCCUCAGGUUCUGUGCAGCUCAUCGCCAUAAAACCUGCAGCCCUGCCCGUGGCACAGCCCCCCACCGACAGGAGCCAGGAGUCCUCGGCCGUCCUCAAUGGGGAGGUCAACAAAGCACUGAAGCAGAAGUCAGACAUCGAGCACUACCGGAACAAACUGCGCCUCAAGGCCAAGAGGAAGGGCUAUUACGACUUCCCCCCCGUGGAGGCCAACAAGGGCCUGACCGAAAGAAAGAAGAUGUAUGAAACAGGCCCAAAGGAAAUUGAGCAUGUUUUGGAACCAGACCCGGAACUGUGUGCUCCAUUUGCGGAGCCUAAAAACAGGCAACAGAUGAAGAACUCUGUCUACCGAAGCCGGCAGUCUCUGAACAGCCCGAGCCCAGGCGAGACUGAGAUGGACCUGCUGGUGACGCGGGAGCGACCCCGGCGCGGAAUCCGGAACAGCGGAUACGAUACUGAGCCUGAAAUCAUAGAGGAGACCAAUGUUGACCGAGUUCACGAGCCCCGGGGCUAUGCCAGGUCCCGGCAGGUGAAAGGCCAUUCGGAGACUUCCACACUGAGCUCGCAGCCGUCCAUCGACGAGGUCAGGCAGCAAAUGCACAUGCUGUUGGAGGAGGCCUUCAGCCUGGCGUCCGCAGGCCACGCCAGCCAGAGCCGGCACCAGGAUGCCUAUGGCUCGGCCCAACACCUGCCCUACUCCGAGGUGGUGACCAGCGCGCCAGGGACCAUGACGCGGCCCAGAGCUGGGGUGCAGUGGGUGCCGACCUACCGCCCAGAAAUGUACCAGUACAGCCUGCCCAGGCCGGCUUACAGAUUCUCCCAGCUGCCGGAGAUGGUCAUGGGCUCCCCGCCUCCACCUGUCCCGCCCCGCACCGGUCCUGUGGCGGUCGCUUCUCUCCGACGGUCCACCUCCGACAUUGGCAGCAAGAGCAGAAUGGCCGAGUCCAUGGGCCCCGAGCCGGCCCAGCUGCACGAUAGUGCCUCCUUCACCCAGGUGUCCCGAGGCCCCGUGUCCGUGGCGCAGUUGGAUCAGUCGGCUCUAAAUUACUCAGGUAACACGGUGCCAGCGGUGUUCGCCAUCCCAGCUGCCAACAGACCUGGCUUCACCGGCUACUUCAUCCCCACGCCUCCCUCAUCCUACAGGAACCAGGCCUGGAUGUCCUAUGCAGGAGAGAGUGAGCUUCCCAGCCAGUGGGCUGAUUCGGUGCCCCUGCCAGGGUACAUCGAGGCUUACCCCCGGUCCCGGUACCAGCAGGGCUCGCCCUCCCGGCUGCCUCGCCAGUACAGCCAGCCUGCAGGCAUGCACCCCAGCCUGGAGCAGGCCCCGGCGCCCUCCACGGCGGCCUCGCAGCAGAGCCUGGCGGAAAACGACCCUCCCGACGCUCCCCUGACCAACAUCUCCACUGCCGCCCUGGUGAAGGCCAUCCGGGAGGAGGUGGCCAAGCUGGCCAAGAAACAGACGGACAUGUUCGAGUUCCAGGUGUAGUGCCUCUGGCCGUGCGACGCCGGGGUUCUUGGCCUAGAGCGCUGGACUUGACCCCUGGACAGGGGUGUGAGCCUUUCUCUUGCCUUGUUUCUGACAAGGUGAACAGUCAGGUGUCUGGGAAGCAGAGGAAGCUUCGGCAUGACUGGAUUCUGACUGGACGUCCUCGCUGGGGACUGUGUGUCUGACGACCUGUUCCGCUGACUGUCCCAACCCUGGGUGUAUUCCCCGAAGGGGCCUCCAUCUCGAGGGGUUCCAGCGUCCCUGCAGAUCCUUGCCCAAGGCCCAUGUUAAUAAGCCCCUCCUCAGUGCCCCCUGCAUGUUCACUCUGUGUCUGUGUUCAAGGCGAUGCAGGAGGGAGGACUGAGCCCCAGACGGCGCCCUCUGUCGUCCAGCCUCGGACCAUCAGCCCUCACAUCACAGCAGCUGUAACGGGGACAGGAGAGCGGAGUCCCUCUGCAGUUAAAGGUUCAUACUCAAAGUCAAGGGGACUGGACGCAAAAGCAGUGCCCGCGACCGCACCUGCCAGUAGUCCUGACUCUCUCUCUCCACUGUGAGCUGAAUGAAGGCUGAGAGAGAGAGAGAGAGAGAGAGAGAGAGAGAGAGAGAGAGAGAGAGAGAACGGGAAUGGUGCAUCUGUGCUGACAGGUUUUAAAACAUCAUUGUCGUUUUGGAACCGGGGCCCUGCGGCUUGCGCUCUAACUGAAAACAUGGGUGCUGAGGGCUUGUAGGGGCCUCCAAGAGAGAAACACUCCUCGGUGGGAGUUUUCCUUGCCCUGCAUUGCAAGCGGCCUGAGAAGGACGCCCCUCUCGGUUUGGGAAGAACAGAUACAUCAGCUUUCUCAAGACAGUCUCUGGCUCUUCAACCACGCGGUCCAGCAUGUGCUGCCGAGGGGGCACAAAACGGAACAGCGGCUGGUUCCUCUCAGGAACAGGAGGGGUGGGUACACAGCUUCUGAAUGUAGAACAUCUGCCGAUGUUUAAAUGUAAAUAUCUUUGUAAAAGUGCAGGCGUCGGGCAGUUCCUCAUUGGCCAUGAACACAGGAGGACAGCUGUGGAUGGGACCCUCCCGGGCACGGCGACUCCGCCUCCGGAGCCCGGGGGGAGGCCUUUGCCUGGUACCACCAAGGCGCCGUCUAAUAACUACCCAUCAGUGCAGGCAGAUCAACUGCCGACUCUGCGUGGCACAGGGAAGGGGGUGUUUGGUUGUCUCUCCAAUCUGGGGGGCCAUGGAUGGUGUUGGGGGGCUUCCGUGGUGUCUGUGGGAGAAUGAGAACCUGUCCCGCCAUCAUCCACGAGCCAUCCAGCUUCAGCUGCAUCCAUUCCCUUCUGAGCCCAUCUUCCCAUCGUCCGCAUGAGUUUCUUUGGUCUUUACUGAAAGAAGAAAGUGGGAAUUUAAAAGUUGACAGAAGAGUAGGUGUGGAACUGAUUAGAAUGGGAGAGUCAAACUGUCAGAGCACAGACUUUUCCGAGAGGCUGUUUUAUUUCCCAGUGGCAAAUUGCCCUUUCUGGAAUGUUCCGAGAUGGUGGUCAAGGAAUCUUCUAAGAAAUCUCUUGUUGGGAUGAUGUUAGGUAGGUGUCCUUUAGUAUGCUGGUGGAUCUUUCAUAGUGGUAGUUUUUUGUUACUUUAAAAAAAAUCGGCUAUAAAUAAAAUGUAUUUUUGUAAUUUCCUUGUGUAUAUAUGGUAUAUUUCUACCAAUGGCCAGUUGUUGUAGUCCAAAACAUAAGUCAGCUUGCAAAACACUGUGGCAAGUGCAAGAUUUUGCUGACAGAUUAACACAAUGCCUGAGUCUAUGCCAGUGGGCAUUCGAUGCACUUGAAUGAACAAAGAGCCAAAGAAACUCAGCCUUUUCAUGCAAAUGGUUACGAGUCUGAUAAAGUCAGCCACACUGUCCCACUCUAAUAUCAAUAUUUCAUCAGUGUGAUGAUAUCAACCCAGUACUUUGUCUACUUGGUAAAUGCCUGGACAUGCUACCUGUGACAAUGAAGUUUCAAGACCUUGGUGUAAUUGAAAUCUAUGUGCAUGUUUCAAAAGACAGUGUCUGAGCCUGGGGCGUUCUGAGACUUACAGAGAGGGAGUCUCCCGUCUGUAGGCGUGUGGCUCCACUGCGUGGAGCUGCAGACCGCGGGGGGUGGGGGGUGUUUGCAGAACCCCGUGAAAUGGUCCACUGAGACAGCCAAAACUGGGGCACGCUAAAUCAGACACUCUUAAACCGGACAGCAGAGGUUGAAGCAAAGUAUGUGGGGGGAAAACCUUAAGUUGAAAAGAAACCAGUCUGCUCCAGUGGGGAGACAGCCACCAGUGUUGGAUUUUUCCAUGGUUCCUCUCUAAAGAGUCUCCUGUCCUAAAGGGAGUGACAGAAACUGGACAGGUGACUGGGGAAAGGCAGGUGGUCAAAAGUGUCUCCUGGAAGGGAAACUAGAGUUAUGUGGGAGCCUGAAAGAGGCAACAAUGAACUCGGUGUCCAGCAUGGUCCUCCAAAAGCCGCAGAGGACUCUGCGACCUGGGAGGAGGAGAAGUGGAGCGACCAGCCGGAGGACUUGGGUUCGUGUUGUCUGAUUUAUGACCCCUCUUGCUUCUCAUGUCACCAUGCUGCUGCAGGCUCGGGGGUGACAUAUCUUCAGCUGUCGCCCAGGAGCUUAAACAACAGGGGUCAUGGAAGAAACUCCGUAAUGUUCUUGCCAAGGAGAAGGAUGACUGAUUGAGUACAUAAGGGACUUGAGGUACGGUGUCGCAGGACAAUGUGUUUGUGGCAUAAUAAACCUUUUUUGGCACUGGUUUUGAUAUGAGUGUUCUGCAUUCAUGAGAAGGAAAUAUAUUUAGGAUGUUCCCAGAGGGGACAAUCAAGGCAACGGUGUCCUUAACUCUUGGUGGUGGGCAGGACAGGGCGGCGGGGGGCGGGGGGCAGGGCCAUGUGAACUCAUCUCUCGGCCCCAUGGAUCCCCCAGAAUGUCAGCGCUGUCCCGACAGCUGGUCCCUGGGAGACAGCAAAUGCAUUGCUCCAGGUCCAGGGUGGCAUCCAGUGGUGCAGGAGCAUAAAGGUCCACUGUGGGGGCUGGGACCUGUGGUCUGAGCCUUGAGCGAUCCUGACAUGGCCCCGGUCACCUCUGUAGCCGGAUGCAAUGCUCUCGGGGUCGGUUAUGUAAGAAUUUUCUAGUCCUGGGAGAAGUUAUAAGAGUGCAUUUGUUAUUUUAAGAACCAAGGAAAAGGGCAUGUAAUUUCUCAGUAAUCUUGAUGUAAGAAAGGAAAUUGUUUGAUCAGUGAUUUUAAAGAAGAAGAAAAACUUCUGAAGGAGAAGCAUUGGAGUGAGGAGGUAAAGAAUGGUAGUACCUAACUCAAAGAAAUGCUUUUCUAACAGGCAAGAAGAGGAGAAAUGAAUCAAAAGACUGAAAUUCUGAUUACAUCUAAGUGAACUUUGUAUGUAAUAUGCUCAAUAAUAUGGAAUAAAAUUACAGAUAUUUCAAGUUUGAGACAGGUUUUGAACUCCAUCCUAAAUUCCUCCAGCCACAAGCAAGAAAACGAUUUGGAUUUUUCUUAAAAAAAAUUUAAGAUACUAAUUUAGCUUGGAGCAGUGCCUUCCUGGGGAGUAAAUGUUGGAAACUCAGUUCUGCCUCUCAGUCCUGUCUCCCAGGCAGGCUGCUGGUUGAGUGUGCCUCCUGCACCUGAUCACGUGUGGGGCUGACAGGAGUAAUGCGGGUGCACUUCACAGAACAGACACCUCCCGGGGGCACAGGGAUGGAAGCAGCUGCCCCCACUCACGUCCUCGCUCACCUUCUCUCCCCUUGCUGCCUUUCGUCUCUGUUUCCCUCUGCGUGCCUGCUCAAUGCUCUUGCUUCCCUUGGCAACCAUCUUACUCAUCAGUGCACGUGUAACCGAAACCUCCAUCCAGGACCCAUAAUCUUUCCUUGUCAAAGUGCCCCCUCCUCUGACUAGCAUCUCUCUGCCCACUUGGGCAAAUCCUCGAGGACCUGAUUCCAGUUCAUCUGCCUCUGGAUCGGCCAUUCUGGAACCAAGGUAGUUCCAUGCUGGAACUACCAGCAUGGCCUGUGGGACCGGGCUUUUGUUAGGGGCUGAUACUCAAAGUGGCAUGAGUGGGCAGGACCCUCAAAAGGAGCCUGUGUGGCACUUGACUUACACUCUGAGGAUGUCACCCAGCAACCAGUGCUUGGGUCCUCCCUAGGGAUACGGCCACAGAGAGGAAAGGGCACCCUUGGGUGUCACGUGAGGGUGCACACUCUCUAAGCGUGGGGAGAGUGGCCCCAAGCCACUGCCACUUCCCACUGCCACCAGCUAGUGCACCUGCUGCUGGGUCUCACAGGGGAUUUCUGCGCGAGCCCCCAUUAGCAGACAGGGAGUACUUGUAAACUGAAUGGCAGGAUCUUAGCGCAGGUGCUGCUAAUGUGGCUCGCGGCCACACACUUGCAAGGGUGAGAAAACUGAUGAGCUUCUCGAUAGAAUCUUUUGAAACACAAUUGGUUUCGAGUGAAACUGAUAUUAUAGCGGCUCUGACCUUCUGAGUAUGAUAAAUUAGUGUCCUGAGAAUGGCAAGCUUUCUUGAUUUUUGGAUGAGCUGUUAACAGAAACCAAACCUGUGAAAAAUGCUAAAAUUAAGGUGUUUCUAAAAAGGAAUAUAUUGAGGAAAUAUAAUUGUUCCAGAAACAAAUGCUUUCAGAAGAUGCUGAGUGGCUUUGAUUCUGCAGGUUUCAAAAAAAAAAAAUUAAAUAGGGAGACAGGUCGUGACGUGGAAGAACUUGUCUCCAAAACUCAAAGCUAGAUUUUAGUGAGAGCCACUACAGAAUGAGAUCCAGAAAUUGGUCAUUUGACUCUUGUAAAUCAUGGAGGGGGCCAUCGAUGGAUUCCACGCCAGUCAACUGUGGCCCCCCCUGUUUCCCCUUACGUCUCCCUUACGUGAGAAUUCACCCUCACCCCACACAGAGACUGCGCAGAGAAAGGGUUUGCACCAAAGACAGUCAGAGAGCAUCGCGAGCCUGGGGAUUUGGGGGAAAGUGCCGGCAGUCUAGGCCUUGAGCAGGUCUGGUUCCUCACCUGUCAGGUGGGUACUUGCGUCUCGUGGCUGUGAGGUGCACAGAGUUCAGGGAAGCUGAAAAAUGGCUUGAAACGUAUUUUUCUAACUCAGCAGCUUUGUUGUUCAGAUUGACCCAAUAAACUAUUUUCGCCCCUCCCAUGCGCUGAGUGAAUUUGGCUUGUCACGUGGCAUUGCCUAGUUUGGAAUUGCCAUGGCUCACCUGGAGCGGCCCAGCAGUGUGUGAGUGGAGCAGGUGCAUGUACCUGUGCUCAGCUCUGCGUGGAAACCCCAGCCCGCGAGUCUGUCCAAGCACGUCAGUCACCCAGGUGGAGGACUGAUGCGCAGCUUUGGGUGUAGCUGUUGUUCUUCGAGGGCUUUGCUGUUUAAUUAACUCUGUGUGUCCUCUGCCAGGAACAUAGCAAUCACACGCAAUUUGAGUUUUGUAUUGUAAAACAAAAUGACAAAGGCUUUCGUGCCCUGAGUCUCGUUCUGGCUCCUCCCGUUGGUGGGAUGGGGUCUGUCUCACAAUCCAGCUACAAGACAGGCCCUGCUGAGGGUGCUACAGAAAGCUGCAGACCUGGUAGACCCAGCGUGUAGCCUCAGAAGACAUCCCAGCCUGGGCCAGGAGUUCCUGAGUCCAGCAAAGCUCACCCCCAAGCCCCAGAACAGCAGAUGGAGCCCGCUCAUGACGUGGCCACUAAAGAAAGAUGAUUCCUGGGGCUGCUGCAAAGUAGUGGCCCCCCCAAGGGGUGACAAUGCAACGGGUCACACGCUCCAGACAGCACCCCCAACCCCACCCUGUGCUAGUCCCCCGCAGCCACGAUGCCGGCCAUGGGCUCAGCCCUGUCCAGAAACCACGUGUUGUGCUGGCCGCUCUGCCCUCGGAGACCCAUUCAUUAGACAGUACAGACCUGGACCAGGAGCCGCAACUUACAG